AUGUCUUCCACUCCCAGAUCACCACGACCCUUCACUUCUACUUCCAGCAAGACAGCCGGUACACAGUCGACUCAGAACAUGGAGGCUAGAAGCAGUAGUCCCGACACCGUCACCGGUUGGCCCAGUUUCUCCGAGGACCAGAAGGCGUCCCAGAGCCUUAAGCGACCUCUCCAAGAGGUAGAUGAAGAGAGCCACAGGCUCAAGCGUUACUGCGCCGACCUCUCCGCCGAGUUACGCCACGUCCGGCAGAGCUUAUACAAUACUGAGCUCGAACGUGACACCGCUGAGCAGCUCCGCCGCUCUGCCGAGGCGGACAAAGUCGGCGCUUCUCGGGCUUUCGAGGCCCAUUUGCGCUACAACGAGGAAAGAACCUACAAGGCCGCCUCGAGAGCCCAGAAAGCCGAGGUCGAGCUCCAGGCGAUCACGGCCGUCAAGGACGCCGAGAUUGCCAGCCUCAAGGCCCAGUUGGCCCACCGCAGCGCCUCCCUGGACCUCAGAGAUGCCGAGACCGUCGGUGUCGUCUCUCGGUCCACUCAUCGCAAGGUCGCCCUGAAGCUCAAAACCGAGAUCGCGAGCGUCAAGGCUCACUACGCCCAUCAGGAGGUCUUCUUGAACGCUCACGUCGCCAUCCUCGAGGCGCAGCUGGCUGACAAGGAGGAGGCCGUCCGCAUCGAGCAGGCCCGCUCCGCGGUCAAUCUGCAAUUGAAGGACGAGGAGCUCGCCGCCUACCAGGCCAAAUAA